AUGCUCGUCCGCCUCAGCACGUCGCUCGCUGCGGUCGACCACGCCGUCGCGGCCAUGGGCUUGUGCAGCGGCUUCGUCUUCGAGCUUCCGCCCGACUGCGAUGCCGCCGCUCGCCUCGCUUUGCUGCAGAACCUGCACAGCGCGACGAGGCGGGUCACGGCCCAGUGGGCUUUGCUGCGCGGCCGGCCGAGGUGGCUCGACGAGGACAAAAUAUGGGCCAUCGACGUUCCUGACGAGACGGCGACCGAGGACAAGCCCUACCUCUUCACCUCCGCAACCGUCACGACCACGUACACCGUCGCCGCCGGCCUGUCGAGCCCCCUCACCCCGCUGUCGCCUACCUCGCCCUGCACGGUCCAGCCGCAACCCAAGACCGCCUUCUUCCGCCACGACGCUCUUCCGACAUCGUUCCAGGGCUACGCCGACGCGAACGCGUCGCUUCUCGCCGUCCACGUGACGACGUUCGCGGACGCCGUGACGGUCGGGCUGUCGGCGCCGCACGGCUUGUUCGACGCCACGGGCCUCGGCCUCGCCGUACGUGCGCUCAGUGCCGAGCUACACGGGCACGUGUGGCAGGCCCCCGCCCUGUCGAGCGAGAACGCGCUCGACGUGGCGAUCGAGUCGCUCCCGACGCCGCCAAGCAGUGGGCCUGUCGCACUACCCGGCUGGACGUCCGCAACGAGCGUCGGUCCGGUCGUCAAGUUUCUCGUCAACUACGUCGUCGAGAAGGCCUGGUAUCGAGACGAGAAGAAGUACCUCUUCCUCAACGAGCAAGUCGUCAGCCGGCUCGUCCAGUCGACCAAGGCCGAGGCGGCAGUCGAGCGCCGAUGGGUAUCAGCAGGCGACACUCUCACAGCAUGGCUCCUCAAGAGCGCGCACCGCGAGGAGGUCGGCGAGCAGCUGUCGAUAACGGGCUCCGCCGUCUAUACCCUCCGCAAGAUGCUCUCCCUCGCCAACUAUCCCCAUAACGCCAUGUUGCCCUACCCUCUCACGCCGGACCCCAUCUCGCUCGACCGCCUCGCCUCGCUCUCCCUUGCGGAGCUCGCCUACCUCCACCGCCGGGCGCUCGAAGCCGCCCGGACACCGGCCCACGCGCAAGGCGUCGUCAAGAAGAUGGAGGAGGCGCGUGUCGUCCCCGAACAUUCGUGGCCUCAACCUUUGGCCUUUCUCGGACGAUCCGCCCCUCCUGUCUUUCGAUGGAUCUCGAGCAAUCAGAUGUCGUCGGGCGUCGCGGACCUGGCUCUACCCUUGUCGGCGUUCGGUCUCGACCGUCCGCCGCUCGAGGCGGGCCAGUCUGCCGGCCUCCUGGCGUACUACAUGCUCGUCGUCUCGCCCAUUCGAGACCAUCAGGUCUUUCGCUUCCAGGCGAACAAGUGCGGCAUCUUCUUGGAGGGGAGCAUGCGUCGAAGCAGGUGGCGGAGCGUCGAAAAGACGAUGCGCGAGCUGCAGCGGUAG